CUCGUUAUAUAGCGCUGAGUGACGCCCCGGACCUCAGAGUGUGGCCGUGAUCGCCGAGCCCAGAACAGCUCAGUCUCCUCCUCAGUCCGACUCAGACCAUUCAGCAUUCGUUGAGUCGCCGCGUCAAGCGACAACGGGUUCCUUGUUGGUGCACUAGUUCGCCAUGAAGUGGAUCGUGUCCGCCGGGGUGCUGGCGGUGGCGGCGCUGGUGGCAGUCCACGCCGGGCCCACCAUCACCAAGGCCUGCAUCGCCAACGACAGCUGGAAGCAGGACUGCAACGACUGCAUCUGCAGCGAGACCGGGCAGCCCAUGUGCACGAGGCGCGUGUGUCCCAGCCCCACCACCCCGCGGCCGCAAGAGUGCACCCCGGGCACCGUGUGGCGCCAGCGCUGCAACUCGUGUCGCUGCACCGCCAGCGGGAUGAGCAUCUGCACGCAGAUGGCCUGCAUCAACGACGGCGACGACCUGCCCGCCGUGGGGCUGCCUCUGCCGCAGCCCCUGCCCGACCACUCGCGGCCCACAGGCCACCUGUGCCGCGAGGGCCACACCUGGAAGCAGGACUGCAACACCUGCAGGUGCACGGGCGGUCGCGCAGCCUGCACCAUGAUGGCGUGCCUGAGCUUGGGCGCGAGCGGCGCGGGCUCGGGCCUCGAGAACCCCAGCCUGCUGCCCGCCUUCACCGGCGGCCACCAGGGCGCCAACGUACUGCCCGCCACCACCGGCGGCCACGAGAGCGCCGCCGUCCUGCCCGCGGCGCCCGCAGCCCUCAGAGGGGAGGAGUGCACCCCGGGCGACACCUGGAAGGAGGACUGCAACUCCUGCAGGUGCCUACCGAGCCACCAGCCCGCCUGCACCAUGGCGCGCUGCGUCACCAAGAGGGAAGUCCCCGCACCCGCACUGGGCGCCGAGCGCCGGCCCUGCACCGUCGGCGACGUCUGGAAGGACGACUGCAACACCUGCCGCUGCGGCCCCACCGGGGAGCCCGCCUGCACCAAGAUCGGUUGCAUCAAGCUAGUCAAGCCCGACGAGCAGGCCGCGGCCGGCAACGCGCGCGUGGCUAGAGCCGCUCAGAACUCCCAGUUCCCGCCCCAAGGACAUCGCGGGCCCGGCCAAGUCGGCUGCGUGUCCGGCACCCAGUGGAAGCAGGACUGCAACACGUGCAACUGCAUCAACGGCAGGGAGGUGUGCACCUUCGCCCUCUGUGUCGGCCAGUGAGUGCGGCUGGCGCCCGCUGCCAAACCACACCACCCACUACCACCACGCGCGAAGCGAUAGACUGAAAUGCCCCAGGUUCCUCUUUUCGCUGUGCACUGUGUUUUGACAUAAGCAUAGAUCUCUUUCUUCUUGUUCGAUAAGGGGUUCUCAAGGGGCAAAUUUAAUGGAAGACUUACUACAUUUUAGUUUUGUUUGUGGUUUAUUGGCUCACAAAAGUAUUACAACUACAUCACACACUCAUUGCAUUGUGCACAACCAAAAUUUGUACAUUAUAUACAUGGACGCACAACACACCAUUUUGAAACAUUCGGACCCGAGUAAAAAAAAUAUUUGUCUCUGAUCAACAGGCAAUACAACCAUGUGCAUUAACAUCUUCUUGACAUUCGAAAAUAAACAAUUUUUAUUUCCUACUUUAUACAAAA